AUGCGUUCAUGCGUUCAGAUACGUCUUCAAAAUAGUUUUAUUUACACGAUUUCCGCUAAAAAUGGUUCUAACGACAGGAAAAGAAUUCCAGUAGUAUUUAUUUCCAUGUAUAUUUUUGGUAUUUGUGGAUGGGUAGGAAAUAUUGAUCAUAUUGCAAAAGAUCGAACUGUUUAUGUUUUUGACCUUCUUGGUUUGUCUUCUAGACCCAUUUUCAAUCGCGAUCCAACUCUUAUCGAAGAAGAGUAUGUUCGCUCGAUAGAAGACUGGAGAAUGGAGAUGGGUAUCGAUAAAAUGAUUCUCGUUGCUCAUUCUUAUGGUGGAUAUCUUGCUGCUUCUUAUGCACUGGCUUAUCCGAAUAGAAUUUGUCACUUGGUGCUAGUUGAACCAUGGGGUUUCGAAGAGAAGAAAAAGUGCAAGAGUCGACAGGUAAAUAUUUAUAUUUUUGCCACUAUACUGCGUUUGUCGGGUCCUUUCGCUUUGACAUUAUUACGAAUCUUACGGCCCGAUCUUCCUAACUAUUUCAAUGGGAAAAACGCGGAUGCAAUUUACGAUUAUAUUUAUAAGUGUCAUAUAAAACCACCUACGGGUGAAAUUGCCUUCAGUAAUAUGAGUUAUUCUCAUGGAUGGGCUAAGCGUCCUAUGGUUGAAAGGUCUUUUGAUCUUGAAGUUUCUACAACGUUUAUAUAUGGAAGUAGAAGUUGGAUGGACCACACGCUUGGCCAUUUGAUUAAAUUUCAACGUCCCGAUGUUGAUACUGAUAUCCAUGUGAGGUUUCGCGAUCAUAGUUAA